AUGGCACUUAAAUUCGCGGAGGACUGGACUGGGUUGGCAGGGCAGAUUAGAUUCGAUAUUGACAAUCCAUCGACAAUCCUCAAUGGAUCAGCCGCAGAUGAAAAAAUGUGGAUCAAGAUCAUCGAACUCUACCGCCACCAGCACAUUAUUUAUGACAAGAACGCCCAACAGUGGCAAGCGAACUCUACGGCCAAACCAGAAACGCCGGACUCUACACCACAAACUGUUAGCACAACAAGAGAUGUUCGGCACCUGCCUCUUGAGACAAAGCGGUACUCGUUCAUGAUGGGCGACUUCCGGACCGAGAAGAGCAGUCCGCGGCGAAAUGGAAUUCGGUCCGAUUCACCUGACUCUGGACAGCUGAAACGGAAGCGCGAGCUCCUCGAUGAAGGACCAGAAGAAAUGCACAAGCGACAAGAGGUGGUAGACUCUCGUCCAGAGGACGCCGACCACAAUGAUCACGGUGCAGCCAAUGCAGCCUUCAGGAGUUGCCAGGAGCUAUCUUUGCUCAGCCCUCGGAAAGCUAAAAACGCGGCUGAAAAAUUUGCGACGGACAUAGGCGCAGGCCUGAGGUCUUAUAAAUCAGACCUGAACAAGGACACGGGCCGCAACAGGCGAAAGGAGAAGGUGGCUGAGAGGAAAAGCAUAGGUAAAGCCAUGUUCGUUAAGGCCCAGAUGUCUGUCAGCGGUCUUCCCAUCCAAAGUGCACAUUUGUGGCUCAUAGUUGCCAAAGGGAAUCUCCAGCCACAAGUGACCCCAUGGCACCCACCCCUCAGGCCCGGCGCCGAUGAUAUCCUUACAGGCCUCGAAGCGCUCGUCCGCCUCGAUCUGGGCGGCAUUGAGCAGAUAUCCUGUCACGUGUCAGUUUACAUUCCGGUCGAUUACACGUUCUAUAAGCGAAGCCUUGAACUGAGGCUGGGCCUUGGCGCCGCCAUGGCGCUAGUGAUGGAUGAUGAAAAGCAGCCACGAGGGUCAUCACAUUCGGCUAGUGUGCAUCUCACCAAAAGCGCUAAUUAUUCCAGCUUCGCACCUUCGGUAGUGGCUCUUGGCGUUGACAGGCCCAGCUAG